GGCUCAUCGAGGUUUGAACCUGUAUCAUCAGGCACCGCAGUAGCUUCAACGUCCCCUACCAGAUGAGCCUUUAGAUAGGAACGAGAGGCUGGCCAUUAUUUGGUUAUGUGGCAAGGCCAAUGACGAUUUCUAGAGAGAAGCAGUCAGUCUCAUCCGUUUCAUCUCUCUCUGGGUUCCGGUUGCUGUCUUCCAUUGCCUCGUCCUCAAAAGACACUGAGUGUCACCCUUUUCAUCAUUGAUCCAUCUCCUAAAUCGUCUCGUCCCCCAUUUCUGCGUGUGACGGGUCUUCAAAACCCCUCUCUCGCCAAUCGGGAGAGAGCCCUUUACCACUCCCUUAACAUCUCAAAAAAGGAGCGACGAUAGACUCUAAAUCUCACCGGAAUGGAGGCGUCAAGCUCGUUCUACAUACCUCCUAGACCACAUCCAACCCCUCUUCAGCGACGCCGAGCGGUCCGCUCAUCUGGACAGGAAUCCGAUGAGGCAGAAGAGGAAGCCGGACCAGGAGUUUACGGUAUGAGCCCCGUUCGCUCUAGCGGUCCAGUCUUUGCGACGGAAAUCACUGGUUCACCACUUGAAUCUUUCGGUCCGAUGUCACCCACAGACAGAAAGCAUGGAUUGAAACGAGCGGCGACUGCCAAGCUGCUCGAAUCUCCAGGCUCUCCCCCUAUGCGACCAACGGUGGCAGCCACUCUGAGCGGUUUGAAGAUCAGGACAGUCUCUCCUCCUACGAAGCCGAUCACCUGCCCGCCGACUCUUCAAAAGAAGAAACAUAGCCAUCGAGAUCGUGAUGAGGUAGACCAGUCAGUCGAUUUGGAUGAGCACGGGCAGAGAGCCCAGAGCCCUCAGGUGAGUAUUGGGCUUGCGCAGUCUCGACACUCUCAUACUCUUCCCCAGCAAAGAAAGGUUUCCAGGUCCAAAAGCACGGCUGAGAUAGCGCAGCAUGAGCCGCGAGACAACAGUAUAGAGACUCCUCAGAUCUCGCGUUCAAAAUCCAUUGCUCAAGCUUUUGACCCGGAUCCCAGAGACAGAUCUGCCGAACCAAGACAGGUUUCAAGAUCGAAGUCUAUCGUUCAGAUGUUUGACCCAGAUCCCAGAGCGGACUCUGCACCUGCACCUCGACAAGUCUCUAGGUCCAAGUCCAUCGCUCAGAUGUUCGAAGCAGACGAGCGGCCUACGGCUUCAGAGGCGAAAGCUUCUGUAGCUAUGCAUACGACCGCCGACCCAAACCUUCAGAACGGCCACGUAUCUCGCUCAAAGUCUCGCUCGCGAGCCGCUCAGCCCGAGGAUGAUGUCCCGAAGCAUGAGAUUCGCAAGGUAUCGCGAUCCAAGACAUACGCGGCUCCUGAGAUGAUCGAAAGGCGAAAUACUCCUCCAGAGCAUCGUAAGCUGUCGAGAACCAACUCUCGGCUGUCUCGGAACGGAUCUCGUCUGUCCAGGCACAACUCGAGAUUAUCCAGAUCGAGCUCCCAUGCUCGCAGACGACAUCAUGCUGAAUAUGCAGAGCCUCGACGAGUGUCGCGCUCCAAGAGCGAAGUGCCUCAUCGCAAGCCUUCCAUCAGGAGAGCGGCGACAGAGCCCAUCGAACACGUCUCACAGAUGCCAAUGCUCCCUCCUCUGACCUCUGCAAUCCUUCCUUCUCACCCUCAACUCCCUCGGUCCCAAGUCUACCAGCAACGCCGACAAGUUAUGUCGCCUGAAGAGCCCUUGCGCCGUCGAGAGACAUCACAUCAAAAUCACGUCCGAUAUGCCACAUCCCAUCUCGCAGACGCCUCAGAGCUAGACUCUGAAGACUCGCUCUCGCAAUUCAUCGAAUCGCCUGAACCCAUGACCUCCUCUCAGCUCAGCCACUCCCAGUCUCAUACUGAGCGUCGCCGUUCUUCUGGUCAUCGACAACCCGCGCAUCCAAUGCUAAGCCAAGAAAAGCCAGAGCAAAUUACCAUUCUCAAAGGCAGUCAAUCGGCAUAUCCACCACUCCGGAAGAACACUCGAGGAUCUGUCUUGAUAUUACCUCCAGUUCCUCGUGAAUCUCAGGGCGGUCGUAGAUCGAAUGCCGGCACGCCAGAACCGAGACGGAUGCCAAGUGGUCAUCUGAGAUCCUCGGCCUCCCAGACCCUCCCAAAUGGCUAUACGUUCCCCACCUCCAUCUCUCAAAGUAUCCCCCGUGGCCCGAUGCGACCUCUCUGUGCAGUGCCCACUUUGGGGUACACCAGCGAAGCGAUCACACCGCUUCUGCGCUAUGAGGCGGAUCAGGAUGACGGUGCCCCACAAGAGGAGCCCUUGCCCCUUCCUCAGACUUCGAGAAACCGCAAUAUUGCCUCGCCAGCUUCCGGGAUUUCGAUGAACGCCACUAGCUCUGAAGGCCAUGGGAUAAUCAUGAUCAACGGAAGACCUUUCUCACCCGAUGCUCGACCCUUCUCCCCUGACAUGAUCACCUCUGAAUCAUCUUUGCCUGCGACUCCCGAAGCAUCCGACAUGGGUCACGGCCACCUACUCCAGGUCUACGGCGAUGAGAAGACGCCUACACUCGAGCAGUUGAUCAAUGAACAAAUCACCAUCCCACUCCGGCCUGUCGAGCUCGAUGAUGCUGGUUCAGCAUAUGUCGUGGACCUCAGCAAAGCCGCUCGGAAAGCAGCGCGACGAGCCGAGCGCUUGGCGGAGAAGGAGGCGAAAAAAGAAGCCAAGGCGGUCAGAAGAGCCACAAAGAAGGGCAAGGGGUCCAUGUCAUUCAACAUUGGUACGAUCAACCGAUCUGAAUCGCCUUUGGAUGUAAACGAAAGCGAGAUGAGGCGAGCCGCCGAGCUUGCAGCUCAGUACGAGGCUGAGCAGGUCAGAUCUGAGGCUCGGAAGACGGUGCCAAAUUCGACGGCCAAAGAAACCAUUCAAGGUGGAGCUCAGAUGGCGAGAACAGACGAGCCCACUUCACGGACGAAGGAGCCAAAAAUCAUGGCGGUGGAGGAGAAUGUCACCAGUCAGGCGGACGGACAAGCUGCGCUGGAAGCAGAACAAAAGGAGAUACGUCGCGCCGCCUUCCGAGCUGAGAAGAGGGAGGAAGAGCGUGCUGAACGAGCUGCAUUCGAGAAGCGGCGAGCAGAGGAGAGAGUUGAGCGAGAGGCGAAAGAGGCUGCUGUGAAGGAUGCGGCCGAACUCGCCGCUAUAGCCGCAGAGGAAGACGCAAAGGCCAGGAUACGGAUAGCUCGAAGGAGCACGACCAGGACAGUGGCCACCCCAGAAACUGUCCGAACACACUCAGAAAGUCCCCGGACUCCGCAAAGGACCGAGGAUGCUGCAUCACCUGAUGAGCCUCUCUCACCGCAAAAGUCCACUCGUCGGAUUCAACCUCGACAUGCCAUGUCGGACUCGGUCGUCCCGAAAACUCCAGCGCAGCUUGAAAAGGAAGCCUAUGAGACAGCCCGAGCUCAAGCUGAGAUCGAUGCCGUAGCGAUGGAGGCUCAACGCCUCAAAGCCGAGAUCCAAGACAAGGUCCGGGUAACUUCCCAUCUCGAGCACAUGGCCAACACGCUCGCAGCUGCCAGACGUGCUCGUCGAGAGUCCAAAAUCCUCGACUAUGGUUAUCCUUCGGCAGAGCUUGACCCACCUCAUCGGACAGAAGGUGUCGGGCUGAAAUUGAUAUCCCCUGGAGGACCAUCUUCGUCAGCUUCUACCCGACCUAGAUCAAAGUCAAAAUCCAAGGUUGUCGCGAUGGUCGCUGCGGUCGUCCCGGGUCUACCGAAAACCGAUACUUACCCGAGAGGUUUCCGUAGCAUCUCUUAUGCCGACUUGCGAGAUGCUGCUGAGGAGCGUCAGAUCCAAAACGAAGAGCGCGGUUGGGAGGCGGAUACUCAGAUGAAGACGCUCGAAAAGGAACAGAGCAGGAGCAAGGAUUUCAAGGAUUGGCUGAGAAAGAAAAAGUCAAAUGAAGUUGCUAGGCGACUGUCAGGUGGUGCCGAGGACGAUGAGACUCAGUCGAGGGGUACAGUUCCGAGAAGGCAAAGUGAUGAUCCCAGAUUGUCACUCGCAGCUAGGAACAGGAGAUAUGAGCGGGGAGAUUACGUCGAUGAAGGUGAAUGGGAGACGGACGAUGAGGGAUCAGAUCGCUCUCUCAACCAAGACCAGCUCCAUAAUCGGCAUCAUCAUCACUCUCGACACUCUACGCAUCUGUCCGAUGCCGAGGUAUCCGAAGACCAAUGGGAAGACUUGUCUAACGCAUCGCGCUCCUUGUCUGACCAGGAGGUCAAUUUUCGAACGUCGGAUCUUGAUGAACCCGGGAGACGACGGUCCAAAUCAAAAUCUUCCCCGAAAAUACUCCGACCUCAGCCUUUGAAACGCGCGUCGACAGUCAAACUGCUGAAGCUCGAACGAUCAGAAGCCAGUGUCCACUUUUUGCCAGAACCCAAGCCUCUAGAUCCCGAUGGACUGAGGUCAACACGGAAUCCAUCGAGACCUCCGAGCGUUGGUAGUGGGCCUUGGUUGUGGUAGUGUAGCCAUUCCAACGAGACUUCGCCAUGUUCAUGGGUAGGAGCACAGGCCCUCAAAAAAGCCGGUCAGUUAUGGUCAUUAGCAGAGUUUCUGAAGAGUGUGUUAUGAGCCGCCGGACAUUAUUUCUGCCAAUCUUCUCUUGUCUGCGUGUUGAGAGAUAUGCCUGUAUAUGCAUCCCAUGUGACAACGCGGAGUCGGGAGGCCUAGG